AUGCCCGCGACGACUCUGCGCAAAGACCAACUGGAAAAAAGCCUGCAGAAUGAAAGGAGACUAAUCAAAGAUGGGAAGCUUCAGGAGGAUAACCCCCUUGACUUGAGCCCACCGUUUCGUGAGUUUUGCGAAGCAUGUCGAAGAGGCGACCUGAAAGCAUGUCAAGAGAAGAUUGCGGAAGGAGUUAAUAUCAAUGCGAGGGAUCUAUUUGAUUGCACUCCCUUGAUUCUUGCGAGCCUUUGUGGCCAUUAUGAAGUUGUACAACUUCUCCUUGACUCGGGUGCCUUAUGUGAACGCGACACUUUUCAGGGUGAAAGAUGUCUCUAUAAUGCCUUGAAUGAGAGAAUACGGAAUUUGCUCCUGCAAUAUGAUUAUUCGAAAUCUUCAGACCCCUUGCAACCAUUUGCCGCUCACCUGUCAUCGCUAUUAUCGAGAGACCAUCCUCAAACCGCAGACAUUGUAGUCACGGCUGCUGGUGAAUCAUUUCGAUUGCAUAAAUUCGUUCUAUCUGCUCGCUCACCGGCUUUUGCCAAAAACCUCACUAUAGCCCCAACUGCAAAAACUUGGAAGCUUCCGAACACAAUCCCCGCUGAAGCAUUCAGCGCAGGGAUGAGAUAUUUGUAUCUAGGGGAAAUGCCACGGGAGCAGCUGUCGGGACUGGGAACUGGCCUUACUGACGCGGAAGUUUUUGCUGGAAUUGAACGGGUCGCCAAACAUCUUGAGCUCACUGGUCUGGUUGGUACCAUUCUUGACAGUGGAGAUAGGCGAUUAGCAAGGCAGCGCCGAACAGAGGAAACAUCCAAGGCGCGCGAUCAGAUGGAAGCAUGGUUUUAUGAGAAUGUGAUCAAACAUAAACUCGUUAUCGAAACCAACAAAGCCCAUGAGGUGAAGUGGUCACGAGACAAUGAGAUAUUUGCGGAUGUACUACUUCGUGCGGAUGAUCCUGUCACGGAAGAUCUGAAUCUUCCAAAGGAUUCUACCAAAUUGGGGUCUGAUAAAAGAGAAGUUAGAGUUGCAAGUCGCAUUCUAGCGAGACCAACACCUCGGCCAUCAUCGCGUGCGUCGUCACCCAGACCACACCAACAACAGACGUCAACGCUUUUUCCUGUCCAUCGGGCGAUGCUUCUUCGCUCCGAUUUUUUUAGUGCUAUGUUUUCUUCCAGCUUUAAGGAAGCCCAAAUAACGGAACAUUUGCAAAUAAUACCCGUUGACUGUUCACAUGAGGCAUUGGAAGUUGUCCUCAAGUAUUUAUACACUGACAAAGUCGAAUUUCCCUUGUCACUGGGAGUCGAAGUGCUCUAUGCCGCGGAUCUUCUCUUAAUUGAAAGGUUGAAAUCAAAAGCAGCUGUAUUAAUCAGCUCACUUGGCAAUGGAAAUAUGAAACUUCAACAGACCGGGAUUGAAGAUGGAAAGUCCGCUGAGCAGGCAGAUGCAGCAGGAAAGGAAGUUCAAGAUGAUGUUGAGGAUGAAGAAAUAGACAUCUACGAACUCAUCCGAGCUGGGUGGUUGUUCCGCGUCCAGAGACUGGAGGAAUUCGCUGCUCGGUAUCUUGCUUACCGUCUAGAAUCACAUAUAGAUUUGCCAGAGUUCUCAGAGUUGGUUGCAGAAUCAGCGACCCGUAUCACACAGAGACAAGAAACUGACUCUAUAGAACUCGUGGACGACAUUCGAUUUUAUCUUAGCGAGAGAUUCAGACUACGUUUCGAAGAUACGUGCUUGGAUGAAAUCAUGGAUGAAAACCGGAAGGAGGUGACGAAGAUUGACGAAGUUGCUGGAAUGGACUCUGCCAACGAUUCGAAAUCCAAAAUUCCCAAGUGGGGAUCUGGAUCUGGAUCUGGGACUUAUUUCCCUUGUGCAUUUGCCUCAUCUUCUGGCUCAAACUCUCCCUGUCCUGGUCGUGAACAUCACCCAAGAACUCCAGACGACGAAGCCAUUGACGUCAGCGAGUAUAAGUCUCCACCGCUAGCUGGUCAAACUUCUGAGAAUUUGGGUGUCGUUUUCAGAACUCUGGAUGGGCAUCCUGCAGGAGACGAGUUUGCAAGAGAUGCUGCAGACUACCAAAUCUUACUGGCUAAACUAGAUCGACUUUUGGAGAAACUUGAUUUGGAGGCAUAA